AUUUAAAACCCACUUGAGUAAGUAACACUGACUACUUUUACAUUUAAUAUAAACACACCCUUUUGAUCCAAUCUGCAUUCUCAGUCCACCAAGUGAGAAAUGUCAACAUUGAACACCAUGGAUGAAGCAUCAAAGCUUGAGCUUCUUCAAGGUCAAGCAGAGAUAUGGAAACAAACUUUCAGCUUCGCCAAUUCCAUGGCACUCAAAUGUGCCGUGGAGCUCCGAAUACCCGACAUUUUGCACUCUCAAAAUCGCCCUUUAUCCCUCGACGAAAUAGCCUCCAAAAUAAACAAGUCUUCAUCACCAAACACCUCUUACCUCCACCGAAUCAUGCGCUUAUUAGUUCACAACAAAAUCUUCACUUCCACCACCACAACUUCGCCUGACUCCGGCGCCGGAGAUGGUGCCUCCAUCACGCUCUACGGCCCCACGGCGGCCUCGAGGUGGCUCGUGAGGGAUUCGAAUGAGUUGAGUUUGGCGCCAUUUCUUUUGAUGGAAAACCAUCCAUUGCUUCUUAGUCCAUGGCAUCAAUUUAGUGCUUGUGUUAGGGAUGGUGGGAAUGCAUUUGAAAUGGCCAAUGGGGCUGAAAUAUGGGAUUUGGCUGCCCAAAACCCUAAAUUCAAUCAGCUCUUCAAUGAUGGAAUGGCAUGCACCGCAAAGAUUACCAUGCACGCAAUUCUCUCUGAGUUUGGCAGUAAAAAUAAUGGAUUCGAAGGUUUGGAAUCUCUGGUCGAUGUCGGCGGCGGAAUUGGACAAACUAUCGCGGAUUUUGUCAAGAAAUAUCCACAAAUUAAAGGGAUUAAUUUUGAUUUGCCACACGUCAUCGCGACUGCGCCAGAACAUCCCGGAGUUUCCCAUGUCGGCGGUGACAUGUUUAAGGAAAUCCCUAGUGCCCAAGCCGUCUUUAUGAAGUGGAUCUUGCACGAUUGGAGCGAUGAAGAAUGCGUGAAAAUUUUGAAAAACUGUAGAAACGCAAUCCCAGAAAAGAAUGGAAAGAUAUUCAUUGUUGAUGUGGUCUUGAAGCCGGAUGAUGAGUUGUUUGGCACUUCCCGACUUGCAUUUGAUUUGGUGAUGAUUGCUCAUACCAGGGGUAUGGAGAGGACUGAAUCCGAAUGGAAGAAGUUGCUUGAGAAAGGCGGUUUCCCGCGCUACAAAAUUACAGACAUUCCAACUUUCUGCUCAAUCAUCGAAGCCUAUCCAAAUUAAUUAUUACCAAAAAAUGGUUCAUAUACUCUUUUACGUGUGGUUUUUGUCGGAUCAGCCUCCAAAAUUCUACUUUUGGUUCUCAAUCUGCUUUUUCUUCUUCUUCUUCACAUAAACGUCUUCAAUAAAAUGGGCUUGUAUUAGUUUAUAACAAAACUGUCCAUGGCAUCUUAAGUUCCCUUAAUUUGUAUUUUAACUUUUUAAUGUUAAGCAAAAAUUGGCAUGCCUGUCAUGUAAGUCCUAGAUCCUUAAUUUUUUGCAUCGCAAUCGUUUCAGUUCCACGAUACCUGUACACUUUUGUGACCUCUCCUACAAAAGUUUUAUUCUAUGGGGAAAAAGUAAUGUAUAUGAUUUUAUAAAUACUCUUUCCGUCUCAAAAUUGAUUAUUGCCUUAUUUGAAUUUUGAUUCUAGUUCAUAUUAUACUAAAAUUGAAAAUAC